CUUUUUUCCAGCAUCUCCGCCAGAACUCCGACAAAUAAAUACCAGCUUCCCCCCCACUGCCCAGCAAAUCCCAAGACAACUCAUCAAUCUGGGCAAUAACAAACAAACAUCAACGUUCUAGGGCGACAUUCCCCAUCCACCAAUCGAACACCGAUAAGAUAAUCACCACCACACAUCAACCAUGAAGGUCCUCACCAAAGAACAGGAGGAGGCUCACUACAGAGUCACCCUCAAAGGUGGCAUGAAAGGUCUCGCCCUUGGCACAGCAGUUGGCCUCACCGGCCUCGGUCUCGCAAGCCGCCGCUAUGCCAUCAUCCGCGGCCUCACCCUCCCAAUGAAGUCCUUCCUCGUCACCUCGUCCUCGACCUUCUGCGCCAUUAUCGCCGCGGACCGCGCCUCGCGCGGAUACGAAUUCGAGAGCAUGCCGAAGAACCUGUACAAGGACCAGGCGUCGCGUGACAUGGCGAUUGCACGGGAGAACGACAGCACCUUCGACAAGUUCAAGCAGUGGGGUCGUGACAACAGAUACCCCAUUGUGACAGCGUCAUGGAUUGCCAGUAUGGGUGUUGCUCUGCAGUUGGUGCGCAACAACCCGUAUCUGUCGAAGGCCCAGAAAUUGGUCCAGGCGAGAGUUUACGCUCAGGGUCUGACCCUGGCUGUGCUGGUCGUGACCGCCCUCUUUGAGGUGGGAGACGCGAAUAAGGGCAGGGGCAGAUGGGAGACGGUUAUGGUCCUUGACCCCAAUGACCCUGAGCACAAGCACAUGAUCGAGAAGAAGAUUCACCACGAGAUGUACCCUGGAGAGGAUUUGUGGAAAGAUAUGGUCGAGGCUGAGGAGCAGAAGAUCGCAGCCCGCAAACUACAAGAUGGAGCGGCAGCGGCAGCGGCAACCAAGCAGGCUUCCACUAAGAACUAAAGAUAUCGAAGUUGGAAUAUACGGAAAAUACGGGAAACCCACGGCGAUACCGCAUAUCUUCCUUUCAAGCGUGAACAUUUUAACGAACACGAAGGCGUUGGGAAUCGGGGCAGGGACGUCUGGAAUGUAAAUAGGGCAGCAUCUUCUCUCUUUGGAGCAUUUUCGGUUGGAGCAAUUUUGUGCUCAAGCAUUGUUAAAUCUGUACUACUACUCUCGCGCCGGCAUAUGGGCAAAGGCGGCGAUUGAUACUCUCGCGAAACGCGAUGAGACUGGGCUUUUAUCAGUGGAUAGAUUAAUUCGUUCAUUUAUUCAAAGACACCUUUUC